AUGGAAGAACAUGAAAUUGAAAGCCUCAGUACUAAUAAGAAUGUAGAAGAGGUCUGCCAAAUAGUACAGAACUUCCUGAAAAAAAAUGAAAAUGCUUUUACCUUCCCUAACUUGGCAGAAAAGAAUCAAAGAGCUUUGUUAUGGACAGCCUUGUUUCAACGUUUACAAGACAAGUCAUCAGGAUCAGCCCAUGCUCUUUGUUUAGCAGCAAUAAGAGUAUUGAGCCGAGAUAAAACUGAUCUUGAAAACUUGAUCUGUGAAAAAUGGAUAACAACACUCAUAGAAAGAGCAGGCUUAUAUAAUUUCGAAGCUCUUGAUGAAGAGGCCAUGGUGCCACUAGAGAUAAUGGAGAAGGAUGUUGCAGUUGAGGCAUUGAAAUGUCUUUGCAACUUGACUUUCAACAGUGAAGUGGCCCGAGCUCUCUGUGCCCAUACAUCUAUUGCUCAGGGACUAGUAGCCCGGCUGAGAAUCUACAGAGAUAUGCCUUUCAAGGAAGAAAUCAUGCUGUUUGACUUAAAAUUACUGUUUAUCCUCACUGCUCUGAGGCAUGAUAUUAAAACUAAAAUAAAAGAUGAACUUCAUGGUAUGGAAUACUUGAUUAAUUGUCUGGGGGAAAUAUUGACAGAGGCUUCUAAUGCUGAAGACCAGGCUUCUAGUAGUAGUGGCUUGGUUGAAGGGGCCCAUCACUGUUUUCUACAGGACAAUCAACAAGCCAUAGUCUGUGAGAUUCUCAAGACCCAGUUCAAUUUGAUCCUGCAAUCUGGCUCUGAGGAACCAACAGAUGAGGAGGAGGAGGCUAUGUACUUGAAACUAAUGCCAGUGAUGACUGCCCUCCUCUAUGCUCAUACUUCCACAGAGGAGAAACUCAUGGAGUUGCGCAGCAAUAUUGCUAAUUUGCUUACAAGUGUUCCUCCAAUGUUUUACCCCUAUUUGACUCCGGAGCUUGCUAAGGGAGAAAGAGCACAGUAUGAGUAUGACGGGAGGAAUAUGGAUGCAUUGCAAGCUCUCAUACUACUGUUACAAUACAGGCUCACAAUAACUACAGGCACCAAAAAUCAGUAUGAAAACCUGUCGCCAAUACUGACAGUGUUGAACAAGAGUUCACGUGGAUGUCGUUCCCAGAGAAAGUACCUACGUCAGGUGGUGUUGCCACCCCUUCGUGACGUGUCCCGUCCUCCCGAGAAGGGCAAUACCCUGAGAAACCAGCUCUGCAGGCUUCUAACCACACCAGUUACGUCAGUCAGGGAUUUGGUUGCCGAGUUUCUAUUUAUUCUGUGUAAAGAAAAAGUGGGCCGGAUGGUGAAGUACACUGGUUUUGGCAACGCGGCCGGUCACCUUGCACAAAAGGGGCUUCUAAGCGGCGGCCGAACUGGCGACUAUUCGUCUAGCAGUGACGACUCAGACACCGAGGAAUAUUUGGAAGCACAGCCGAACAUUGACCCCGUCGUGGGGUGCACUCGACCUCCUCGCAUUAACCCCUUUGAAGGAAUGAGUGAUGAACAGAAAGAGUAUGAGGCGAUGAAAUUGGUGAAUUUAUUCGACAAGAUGGUGACUGAAGGUGUGAUGAAGCCGGCUCGUAUUGGACCGGACGGUCGCCCCCAAGCUGUGGAGCAUGUGCUUGAGUUAAGGGAACAUCCACCGAACAGACCACAGUCCUAA